AUGACCGGGAACCCAAGCCUGGUAUUCGUUCCAGGGGCAUGGCAUACUCCUGAGUACUGGGGUAAAGUUGUAUCCGCCAUGGAAUCACACAAAUACAGAUGUACACCAGUUACACUUCCUACGACACAAUCAACAAGUACUUCGGUUAACUUCUCACACGACGUCAAGGCUGUACAGGAUGCUAUAGCGACAGAGACAGCUCAGGGAUUUGAUGUUGUUGUCGCAGUUCACGCCUACGGCGGCGUUGUAGGCUCCAGCGCCAUGAAGGGCUUCACGCAGCAAUCUUCCGACAAAGCUUCAGCUGCCGAUACCAAAACUGGUCGCGUGAUUGGGCUUUUCAUGGUUGCGACUGGAUUUGUCCAUGUUGGCGCGUCAUUUCUUGAAGCACUCGGCGGCAAACCCCCGCCCACCUGGGAGGUCGACUAUGAGAACAACCUCAUGACGAUAUGCGUGGACCCAAUUGACAUGUUGUACCACGACCUUCCUGAGGAAGAGGCCAAAAAGUGGGUGGGAAAACUCACGCCCAGCGCCCUAACAUCGUCCACGACUGGAUACGAAGUGUCGUAUGAAGGAUGGAGGGAUGUGCCGGCUUGGUUGAUCAUGACAAAAGAGGAUCGAGCGUUCCCGUUUGAGGCGCAGAAGAUGCUUGUUCGGGCUGCGGAAAAGGCUGGAGCGAUGGUGACGAAACGGGAGAUUGAUAGCAGUCAUUCUCCCAUGUUGAGUAAACCUGGUGAAGUAGUCGAUUUUCUCCUCGAGGCGAUCACGGCAUUCACUACGUAG